AAUAAUUAUGCAAUAAGCUAUUCCAAGUUUAACCCCUGAAAUCAAAGAAAGACUUGAAAACUAAGGAUAUAAACCAUUUAAAUAUAGACCAUUACCCAAUUAUGCUAAUCCUCAUACACUCUCAUGUAUAAAAAUUUAUUCUAAUAAAGAUUGGCUUACUAAUGCUGGCCUUGGUGCUCUCUGUCUUAUUGGAAGACAUUAUGCAUGUUAAUAAUAAUCUAUUAGAAUUUUAUGGUCAGCUGCUGCUAUAGCUAUUCCACUUUAUGCAAUUGCAACUAAUGCUAAAUUAGACGGCUUGAGAUAAAAUAAUUUUUAUAGGUUUUAUUAAUCAUUCAUUUUUUAGAAAAACUUUAGAUGAUAGACUUGAAUUGCAUCCUUUAACUAGAAGAGCUUGGGAAAGAGCAAAACAAACUCAUAAAGAAUAUCAAGAUUAAUUAAGAGAACAAAUAGCUACUUUAGAAGCUGAAUUGAGAAAAUGAUAAAUCACAACCAAAAUAAAUAUAUUAUAAUUAAUUACAU